AUGGAAUUUAAUGCGGAAAGAGGAGCAGUUGCUGAUGGGGAAGAAGACUCCGGUUCGACUAGUAACGUGAAGGCUGAAGAUCCUUCUUUAGCUGAUAUGACGCGAGCAGCUUUAUCAAUAUUAAUAAAGAAUGAUAAAGGGUUUCUACUUUUACUAGAAGGAGGUAGAAUAGAUCACGCACAUCAUUAUAAUAACCCUUAUCGGGCUCUGGAUGAAACAUUAGAACUAGAGACAGCUCUUUUAGCAGCAUUGGAGAAAGUUAAUCCAGCUGAAACUCUUAUAGUAGUCACAGCCGAUCAUGGUCACGUUAUGACAUUUGGUGGACAAGCUACUCCAAGGGGUCAUCCCAUAUUAGGAACAGACACCGUACCAUCAGACAUUGACGGUUUCAAGUACACAACUCUUUUAUAUGGAACUGGUCCUGGUCAUUCGGAACCAAGAGCAGUGCCUUUAAAUGGAACAACAAGUUCCUCAGUAGAUGCAGUUCACGCAUCUGCUGUUCCCAGGCAAUGGUCCACACAUGGGGGUGAAGAUGUACCUGUUUAUGCAUUAGGGCCCAUGGCAACGAUAUUGUUCACUGGUGUUGUGGAACAAAGUUAUAUUCCACAUGCAAUAGCGUACGCCGCAUGCCUAGCUCAUCAAUCUCGGCGGUGCUCAGAAACGGGCUACAAUUUCACGAAACCACAGGUAAAAAUACCUGCCUGUGUUCCACCAGAGGUAAGCAGUAUUUCAGCACCAGAUGAAACAAGAAGGGAGGUGUUAAGUGGAAGGCGUGUUGUUGUUGCUUCUAGCGUUAUGUCGGACGAGCGAGCUCCGAGACCCGCUUCAGCGCCUUCUAAGUCUUUGUUUAACGCCUAUUUAAUUGCAAUAUUUGUUUCUAUAACAAGAACUUUAUUUUAA